GACUGCCUCCCGUCCGCCAUGGCGGGCCGCUCAAACCCCACAUAAGUAGUCAUACUAUCCGUAUUCAAGCGUCCCUCCCCCCCUUCACAGCCACUUGCUUUGUACACUCGCUUGCAAAAUUGGCUUCCGGUUCUUUCUAGCGCAUAGCUUUGAACAUUGUAGGUAUUAACGCCGUGCCAAGUCAGCAUUUUGCCAGAGUCAGCCUAGCGUAAGUGCAAUCCGCACUUGCAAACCGGGCAUUGCGAAAGCCCCCUAAUAAUACAGCCACACCACUGUCUGCUCAUGAAGUCCACAGGAGGCCACCGGCUGCAGUGCCGGUCACAAGGCUGAGGCUGAGCAACAGCAACUGUUGACACCUCUAUUCCUGCUGUCCGACAACAAUCAAUCCUCUUCCCACAUGCAUCGACUGCCAAAAGGCUCCUUUCCCCUGUGUACCCGUCCUUGAAUGUCACGUAAAUUAUGCCGCGAAGAUUACACCGUGGGAUGGGUGUGUGCCCUACCGGUCGAGCUGGCCGCGGCGCUAGAGAUGCUCGAUGAAGAACACGCUGCCCUUGACCGAGAUCCUCACGAUGAGAACAUAUACUACCUUGGCUCGGUGGCUGGACAUAACGUCGUGAUUGUGUGUCUGCCAACCGGACGCAUUGGGAACAAUCCUGCGGCGGCUGUGGCCACGCAAAUGAAAGCUGCCUUCAACUGCAUCCGUUUUGGCCUUAUGGUAGGCAUUGGCGGAGGCGUGCCGAGCGCAGAAGCAGACAUCCGCCUAGGGGACGUGGUAGUGAGCAAACCAGACAAAACCUUUGGCGGUGUUGUGCAGUACGACUCCGGCAAGGCUACUCUAAGCGGGUUCGAGAGGACAGGGUCGCUCAACUCACCACCGCAAAUCCUGCUUGCUGCACUGGCCAGCGUGCAAGCGAACGGGUUCCGGGGACGAAGCAAAGCUGCUGAGUACAUCGCUAAGCUCAACCGCGUGCCCAAGUUUCGGCGCGACAAGGCCGGGGCUGAUAUUUUCUUCGAGCCGACUUACGAUCACGAAGGCGGACCUACGUGCAACAAGUGCAAGGCAGAAAGACAAGAGGCGAGGGAGCCGCGCGACAGCGACGGGGAGGUGGUAAUACACUACGGGACGAUCGCAUCAGGCAACCAAGUGAUAAAAAAUGCUGCAAAGAGAGACGAGAUUAGCGCGGACCUCGGCGGGGUUCUUUGCUUCGAGAUGGAGGCGGCUGGGCUGAUGAACAGCUUCCCGUGCCUGGUGGUCCGCGGCAUCUGCGACUACGCCGACUCGCACAAGAACAAGCGGUGGCAGCCGUAUGCUGCAGGAGCCGCAGCAGCGUACGCAAAGGAGGUGCUAUCUGUGAUACCACCUAGCAUAGUUGAGGCUGAAAAGAAGAUUGGGGAAGUCUUGUAUGACCUUCAUAUGGUUGCGGAAGACCAUAGAAACAUCGCAAAAGACGGGCUGGUCAUCUCCCAGCAGUCGCUUCACAUCCAGCAGCAAGCACACGAGCAGACGCUAUCCGAUCGGCAGGCAAAGUGUCUUCAGCUGUUUCGACUCACUAAAAACACGGAGGAUGCUACCUACAAGUGGUACAAAGAACGCAUAGCCGACAGGGUAGAGGGCACAUGCAUGUGGUUCCUCAACCAUCCUCACUUCCAAGAGUGGAAGAGAAAGGAGUCAGGGCCGCUGCUUGUGUCAGCAGAUCCUGGGUGCGGCAAGUCAGUGCUAGCCAAGUACCUAGUUGACCAUGUCUUGGCAGAGUCAUCGACGGUAUGCUGCUACUUCUUCUUCAAAGACCAAGUCCAGAACACAGUACGCGAGGCGCUCUGCGCUCUGCUGCACCAGCUGUUCUCGCAAAAGCCAAGUCUUCUUGUGCAUGCUGUGAAACAAUACGACAAGGACGGCGAAGGUCUAGUGAACUCGACAAGCUCGCUCUGGGCUGUCUUGGGAAACGCGGUGCAGGAUGCUAGUACUGGAUCUAUCACUGUCGUCCUGGACGCUUUGGAUGAGUGCGCUGAGUCUGAAAUAAAAGAUCUUAUGCGAUCUGUAGAGACUCAAGUUCAGAAUGGCGAAUUAAGCAACGCAAAGCUGAAGCUUUUUAUGACCAGCCGGCCUUAUGAGCAUGUCGUGUCCGAACUCCAUAAUCUAUCUGAGGCCUUUCCACGCAUUCGCAUACCUGGAGAAGAUGAGUCAGAGACUAUCAGCCAAGAAGUGAACUGUGUUGUUCGAUAUCGGGUGGAUCAGUUCGCGAAAGAGAAAGGGCUUGCUGACGAGAUGAAGGCGUGCCUAGAAGAACAGUUGCUGAAGAUGGAGCACCGUACCUACUUGUGGGUUUACCUUGUGUUUGACUACCUAGAGGGCUGCUGCUUUAAAAGAACACCUAAGGGAAUGGCAUCCGAGUUUAGUAAACUGCCAGAAAACGUUGACCAAGCUUAUGAACGGAUUCUGAAUAAGUCCAAAGAUCGCUCGGUGGUUCCAAAGGCCCUAGCCAUCAUCUUAGCAGCAACCCGACCUCUUACGCUAUCAGAGAUGAGUAUUGCCAUGGAAGUGGAUGAGAGCACGAAGUCGAUUGAGGACCUUGAUCUUGAGCAAGAAGAUGAUUUCAAAUCCCGUCUUAGAUCAUGGUGUGGGUUAUUCGUGUCUGUCCACCAUAGCAGGAUCUACUUUCUGCACCAGACGGCACGCGAGUUUCUACUUGCGGAGCUAUCAUUCUCUAGACCCAUUGAAAAAGGCCUGCAAUGGCGUGGCUCUACUACGAUGAAGGAUGCGCAUACUUCUCUUGCGGAGUGCUGUGUACGAUUCCUUAGCUUCUUUGACCAUGGCGGCAGCGUCACCACGGAUCAGAUACAGAUUGUCAAUAAGGGUGCGUUUUUGGAGUACUCUGCAAAGUCUUGGGGUCUGCAUCUACGAAAGUCCACGAUUUGCGAUGAUGCAGGGGCAGCUAUAGCACCACUUACCUUGAAGCUGUCUGACCCAGAUGCCGAAGUCUAUUCAGUAUGGUCGCAAAUGUACUGGAAAGUUAAUUAUCCAAAGGAUCCAGGGUUCCGUACGAGGCUUAUGGUUGCGUGUUUUUUCGGCCAUGUUGCGGUUGCGAAGCGGUCGCUCGAGGAGGGCGCCGACGUUAACGCCCAGGGUGGAUUCUACGGGAACGCUCUCUAUGCGGCUUCAUCUCGAGGCCACGAGCAGGUGGUGAGGCUGCUGGUUGAGAAGGGCGCUGAUGUCAACGCCCAGGGGUGGAAACUAUAGGAACGCUCUCUAUGCGGCUUCAUCUCGAGGCCACGAGCAGGUGGUGAGGCUGCUGGUCGAGAAGGGCGCUGAUGUCAACGCCCAGGGUGGAUUCUACGGGAACGCUCUCCAGGCGGCUUCAGAACAAGGCCACGAGCAGGUGGCGAGGUUGCUAGUUAAGAAGGGCGCUGAUGUCAACGCCCAGGGUGGAUUCUAUGGGAACGCUCUCCAGGCGGCUUCAUCUACAGGCCACGAGCAGGUGGCGAGGUUGCUAGUCGAGAAGGGCGCUGAUAUCAACGCCCAG